UUGUGGACAGUAGACGAGACGCCUACCGGCACAGGCGUCGUCCGCGUCAUUGUUAGUUGGCAAGCAAACUCAGAGAGAUAGUGCAGCCGGCUAAGAUGCUCUACUUGAGGUAGCUGAAGCCCGAAAAAGGAGGGGUCUGAUAGCAAAGCUCCCGGGGGGGGAUGCGGAGAGAGGGAAGUACGCGGGCUAGCUUCUCCUCUGCUGCUCACUGCUCCUCCACAAGGAUACGGGGUAAUGGUGGCGGGUUGUAGUCGGUUGGUCAAUGCAAGGCAGGCGGUAAGCUCUGGGUAAGUGCCGCGAUAGUGGCGCUUAAAGGUUCUGUUCGCUUAGAAGCAAUGACAGUGCGUUUGCGCUAAGCAGCAGUGGCAAACAGGGGGUGUGGGGAGAAGUAAGCACUAAGGGUGAAGAUUGGGGUGCUCCGCGGAGACCGGUGGAGCACGAGGGCGGACCGCGCUCCGUAGGAAAGAGGCACCAGGCAGGCGACAUGAUGGCCUCCCUCCACAAACACCGUCUACCACCAGCAACGGUAACGGGGAAGCGAACAGUAAGAUAACCUAGAGCUAAGCGAAAAGCGAAAUUCACCGCGCCGACAACUGAAAAUCCAAGCAGUGUUGAGCCUAAUCCGAAGCAUCUCUAUCUAACUACCCAGGCAAGUAGCAAGCACCUUCGCUGUGGCCUACCGCUGUUAAACAUGAGUCGAUGAGCCGAACAAAGGAGUAGGUCGCUUCCAUUGUUAACAACGCCGCUUGACAAGUGGGGCGCUUUGCCUCGCCUUGGUUCUACCUUUACCGCCAUCGCUACCGUCCUAUCCCGUGCUGUGCUUGACUUGUGCGUGUUUGUUGGUGUGCGUGCGUAUCACAAAAUUAACUGUUUCUGGAUAGCAAUAGUUGAGUGACUGCUUGGUGGACUAGCAUAAUAUAGGCGGAACUGUGUCUCCGCGCGCCCCGCUACUCAGCGGGUCGUAGUCCCAUCGUAUCGUCUCCCAGAGCUAUGUGUUGAACAGUGGCUGAUCGUCGCCGUGGUCAUCUUGCCGUCUGAUCAUACGAACCUCUGAUAAUCAUUAUCGAGAAGCAUAUUAUUCUUGCUGUUUGUGUUGGUGAAAAAGUGGGUUCAUCGCUGCAGCCGUUACCGUCGCCGCCGCUUCUUGGAUAUUUCUACUCAACAGUAGUGCCUACACAAGCACGAGCACGGGCACGAGCACAAGCACGACCACGACCAAGACGACUUAAAAGAACACACGACAAUUCAAUAAACUAUUGUUGUUAUUGCUAUUACUACAAUUGGAAGCAAGCUAACACAGAUAGUAAUGAAGACGAGAUUGACUAACUAGCUAAUGGUGAUCCGUGAACGAAUCGAGUGCAAUUAAAAUAGAAGCGCUACCAAUCAACGAUCAUAACGCGACCAUUAAUCAUUGCUGAACGCGGGGAGUGCUGUGGCCAUGCAUUGUGGCUCGCGCGGUACGACCUACCGUAUUGAGGAUUCCAGAUCCCGUUCGGCCCUGCUGCUCAUGCCCAUCCGCAGGAUUUCCAUGUGAGCGACGACGUCACGUUACAGCUGCAGGAACCACGGCAUGAUCGCAACGGCCGUGCUGUGCAAUUCACUACGUGCGAUGAUGUCCAGGCCAUGCCAGCUGCAGCGUUAAAUCGCCGUAAGUCGACCGACCGACCGACCGAUCGUUGUUAUUUCGCUAGGAACGCUAUUGUCGCCGCAAAGUAAUCAGACGCGAGGCCAGCAGAGUUCAAUUUGUCGUUGUUAGUAUUGCUGAUACUAGUGCUAUUGCAAAUCGCUGCCGCUGAGCUCAUCGACAGGCGCUGUAAUAAUAUUCCCUAGCUCUUGGUUAUUCCUUAUCGAAACACUUGGUUUGGCAAAGCAUCGUCCGAUGACGUUUGAAGAUUGGCACACUAAAUCAUCAGGUCAGACAACAGUGAUUACGGAGCAAAAGCUGAAGAAUGAGCUGCUCGCUGACCAGUACCUUCAGGGCUCAGAGCACGCCGGAGCCAAUGGCUCGUCGGCGCAGCUUCGUCUGCCGCAGUGCGGCCUGCAAAGCCCUCAACAUCCGCAGCUCCAACAGCAGCCGUUCGGCAAUCACGACGGACACCUGCAAGGACACCACGCCAACAGUUCUCCACGGCUGAUCCCUCCGCUACAUGACAAGUUCGCCCAUCUUUUGGCCGAUACGAUGUUCUGCUGCGGGCGGAGAAAGGACACACACGAGACGGAGUUCGCCGUUGGAGUAGAUGGCAGCGACAGUCGCCACCUCUUCUACAAUAUGUCAACAGGAGCAGGCCGAGGCCGAGGAGUUCCUGGCCAAUUCUCCGGCGGCCCUGGCAUGGCCAAUGGCAUAUCGGCCCCAUUGGGCCGGGGCCGGCUCCCCUCUGGUCAGGUGCCUGAGAUGGUGAUUCAGAGCGAUUUUCGAAAGAUAUCUGGCAUUUCUACGGACGUUUUCCGACAGAUCGAGGCGGUCGAAAACUCAUAUGAUGCGCAGACAGCCGCUAACAUGGAGAUGGUAGAACGCCGUGGAGAAAUGAUUAUCCGUUUGUUAGAUCCACGCUCGUUGGGCCGUGUAGGACUGGAGUUUGGCCGGCGCUACAUUGAGGCAGCGGCGCAGUCUCAUGCGGUCCGCUUCGUCGAAAUCAUUAAACGGCCAGGUCAAACGCUCGGUCUCUACAUUCGUGAAGGCGACGCACCGUACGCGUACGAGGGUGUUUACAUCUCGCGGAUCGCACUUGAAAGUGCCGUUUAUUCAUCAGGACUGCUCAAGGUCGGCGAUGAGAUCCUGGCAGUCAAUCUGGUCGAUGUUCGGCGUAUGUCACUAGAUGAUGUCGUUAUCAUCAUGUCUAUACCGCGUCGGCUUGUCCUAACCAUACGCGCCUCAUCUCACCCGCCUGUGCAGCAAUCCCAUGGCGCUGCCAUAUCGGCGACAACCCUGCAACAGCAUGAAGGUGGACUUUACGGCGGUGGGGGGCCACACGCGACACAUACGACCAUUGGAAGUACACUCGAUCGACCACGGCCAGUCGUCGUCAUCAAGAAGGACAUGCACAAUGAUGAAGAUGGCCAACGCGAGUUUUACAAGCCGCCCGGCGCCCCGAUGGGCUACGAGGAUCCGUACGGAUUUGGCGGGCAUCGCGCGCAAGUACAAUCAACUCAGCCAAAACUACAGCACCAAUAUCCGAAGACGCUGGACAACCUCGGUGAGCAAGUUGGUUUCAGCACAACGCCACGGCCGAGUGGUCCUGGACCAGUAGGGGGUGUGGGGAGCGUCCCAGGUGGCCCGACCGGUUCAAUGAUCGUCCGAGGGCAGGAGAACUAUGACUAUUCCAAAUCGCUGAGUCGUGCAGGAGUCGGACCCGAACGGCCAGCGUCAAGACAGCAAGGACGCUUCAUGACGGCUGAUCGGGCGAUGAUGCGGACGGAGAGUGAACAGAGGCUUGCAGCGGCCGCCCUGGCUCAAGGCGCUGCACACGUGGCCAAUCAGCGGCAAAACUCUUUCGACAGGUACUACUCACUAAGCUUGAGACCCAGAAUGAAUAGCGCAGGUGCGACAACUCUCCAGAGUAAGACCCUAGGCCGACCUGGAUCGUCAACAGGCUAUUCUUCCGAAGACUAUACAUACCUUUCCGUCAGUCGACAAAAUCUCCAGGCUGCGACGGCCGCAACUGCUGCUGGUAUCCGACGAGCGUCUCUCAUGGAAUCGAGUUCGGAUACGGAGAUGAGUUCAUCCCGGGAUUUGAUGCUAGGACGUGGUAUAGCGCGUUCUGUCAGUGGGAUGGGCGUUCAGCGGCCAGCCGGAAGAAGCAACUCUCUACCGCGGGUUCGAACGGCAGGAAUCAUCUCAGCGGCGAUGGCCGCUGCCGAAUCGGAAUAUCGCCGUCAGCAAAGCCUCGGCCGUUACGGACCCCCUGAAAAUGAUGACUUCCAGGAUCGACGGCGGCGUCCGUCAGCCAGUAGCGCAACAGGACGCUAUGACUCUCUGUCAGGAAAAUUAUCUACGGUAUCGCUGCGCAAGGAUUUGUCACUAUCUCGAAUCGCUGCACAUUCAACUGAUUCGUUGCUGGAAAGUCUUCGACAGGAUAACCGUAUCUUGGCCGGUAGCACGGCCACCCUGGGACGAUCGACUUCAGCGCUGGGCUUCGCGAGCCGCCAGAGUAACCUCCCACAUGCCUUUAGCAUGGACUACAUCAAACUUCCUCAUUUAAGCGGUGCCGAUAAAGCGGGCCUCGUGCUUGGAUCUGCCGCUGGAUCGCGCAGCGAUCUGUUUAAUAAAGGGUACGGGGGGAGUCGACAAAGUGUUGAAAUGAUGGCCCCUGGGGGGCUGUCGGCGUUGUCGGGAGUGCUGUGGGUACAUCUACUAGCCGCGCGAGGCUUGCGCGCGACUGGGAGCCACAAAGAGGCUCAAUUCCGCGAUCUUUAUUGCGUCAUCGAGUGCGAUCGGGUGCACAAGGCGCGUACCGUGGUCCGCACAGGGGAUCACUCGUUCGAUUGGAACGAAGUGUUCGAGCUCGACCUCGCGGACAACAUCAACGUCGCGUUUCUGCUCUACAGCUGGGAUCCGCAAUCACGCCACCGCCUCUGCUACAAAGGCACGAUCAAUCUACUUAGCGCGCUAAAGGAAGCGCCUGUGUACAAUAUAGCUUUGAAGCUUGAGCCUAGAGGUUCGCUUUACGUUAAAUUGCGAUAUCGCAACGUGAAACAGACUUUUCAGAGGUUGCCGUCGACCAGUCCACAAACUGGAGUGUUUGGAGUUCCACUGGACGUCCUCAUUGGCCGCGAACAAGGCAGCGGUGUGCCCUUAAUCCUAAAACGCUGUAUCGAGGAGGUUGAGACACGUGGCCUCGAUAUCGUCGGCAUCUACAGACUGUGUGGGUCAGCUCUGCGCAAGAAGAUUCUUCGUGAGUGGUUUGAGAGAAACGCAUGGACAGUGGACCUCACCGCGGAACAUGUGCCAGACAUCAAUGUCAUUACCAGCCUGGUCAAGGACUACUUACGGGAGCUGCCAGAGCCGUUGUUCACAAAGGGUCUGUUCGACAUGCUAGCAGACGGCUUAUCCGUCUGCAUGCCAGACGAUCCAACGGGAAACGCAAAAUUAAUGUUUGGAAUUCUCGACUGUCUCCCAAAAACGAAUCGUUCGACUGCGCUGUUUUUGCUUGACCAUCUUAAACAAGUUGUGGCUCACUGCGAAACUAAUAAGGUCACUUCCCAAAGUUUAGCUGUAUCCUUCGGGCCGAUUUUGAUGUGCCACAGCAAAUUUGAAGAACUAUCUCACAUCCCGAAACCGAUUGAGAUUCUCAAGUACCUCAUCGACCUGUGGCCUCCAAAACCACAGUCGCAGCAGCCCAAACCACAGCCUAACCCACAACAGUCAACGGUGCAGGACGGUCAAGGAGGACAUCCUCAUCAGAAUCCGAGCCGGGGACCCCCGUUGGAAGCAAGCGGGAUGGACCAACCACGCCCAGGCCUAUCCGCCGCUAACGUCACAGCACCUGGUAACGGGGUCACAUCAGGGUCUGGGCAUGGCACACCACGAGGAUCCGCCAGCAACUCCAACUCCUCCACGACGGCGAUCGAGGACAGUACAGUGCCGCUGAAGACUAGCCCAGAAGACAAGGAACAGCUCCAGCAUACGAGUCGAACUAACGAAACGACCUCACGUGGACCGUCUCACGGAGCAAGCAAGGGUCUAGCUGAACGUUGAGUCGUCCCGAUCGACCAUCCUGCGUAACUGCGUAACUAUCAGCACAACGGCUAGUUAUUAACUGAUUACUCGCACUGAUCGUUCAAUGCUACCAUCGCUCUUGAUUUUACGUAAGAGCAACUGUCGACGUUACUGUAGACAAGGUGCAUAUUGAUGCAAAUGUUACUUAGGGCUCUCGUUCAUGAACAACUACAAAAUACAAGCUUGCAGCCAGCCUGAUGCUAGCGUAUUUGCUGGCUGCAGGCUUGUGUCUUGUAGUAAUGCAAGCCAGUGGGGUUCAAUGAUCAGCGCUUUCGCUCCCUCUUAUUGGAAAUAGCAACAACAAUUAACUACCACAAUAUGUAACUUGCUAAUAAAUUGCCUAACACAAAUAAUACGUAAUAUUUGACAGUAAUUGAUUGACGGGCUGACGGUCGACCAUUGAAAAUGGUCAAAGAAAAUAUGCGGUAGCAAUAGACAGAGGAGGGAAGAACAGCAGUGAAACAAAACAAAAACAACGUGAAACUAUUUAACGCACGGCAUUGCGAAUUCAAAUGAAAAAAUCGCAUCGGGCAGACGGCUUAAGCAUGUAUCUGCUAUCAGUAGGGCGAUGUAGACGCGGAACAAACCGAUCGUAAGGUGGCGACUGGGCAAAUAGCGAUGUGUUUGAUUGAUGCUUCCGGCUUCGAACCUAGUGUGGGCUCUAGACCUGGUUCAGGGCACCGAAAUCGUGUGAGCACGAGGUGUCUAUUGACAGUAAUAAUGAUGAUGAUGAUGAUCAUGAGCGAAGUAGACGGAAGUCCCCACUUAUUCUGUAACAGGUGCAUUCACACCACCAGAAAACUUCACGUGCUGAAAGGAACGUAACAUAGAAAAAGGAAAAGACGCCGUCGUCAAGCAGCGAUCGCAAGAGGGACACACACACAUACAGACACACACAGGCACUCACGCACACAAAAGUUGUAUCAUAUCGGGCUCUUGUAGGUUUGUGCAACUAGACCUACAAGUUGCCCUUGUAAAAUAGUAGAUUGCAUGGUUUUAGCACAAAAUGAACAGUCGCUGUAACGCCUAGACACAGAACGUACGACUAAUAAUAGGGUCAUCGUAACAGAAGGAUUGCGCCACGACUGUAAUUGAAAAAGGGGCGAGUAGGACCAUGCUCCGGAAUCAGAGUAAAACGCAAACGGAUGAAGCUGUACACUGAGGGAUUAUUGGGCUAGUCGCAUAACGGCAAUGCAAUAGCAAUCAUAAGUAUCUAAACAAUAUUCAGAAACUGCACAGGAAACAAACGUAGAGCAGCCAAGAAUCGGUGUUUGGCGAUGAGGGAACACGAGCCCGGUUCGUCUAGCUAACAUUUAGAGCUUCAAUUGGAUUGACGAUCAGAUAAAAUGAGAAUGGAUGAGCAACUGCAAGAACGAACCCCAAGACCCAACACACAUUGCCAAUAGCCUAUACCACAGAACGUAUACCAAGCAAUCCUUGCCUAGAUACACGCGUUGUAAGGACGAUAAUAAGGUAUAUGAGCAAAGAUACAAUGAUAAUGAGCUAAGAAAUAAUGAGCGGAGUAUGUGUGCAAGAAGUGUGCGGAAGUGAACCGAAUUAGCAGACGAUGGCACAGUAUAGAUACAAUUAUAAAUAAAGCCCAGGUCUUAUUUAUAACUUCGUUUUAGUGGGCGGGGGCGGGGCGGGGUGGAGGGGGAACGAAAAUGAUAAGGAGUAUUAUGGUGGUUGCGAAAGCGAGAUGGAAUAUAAGUGAAGCUGUAACAAAAAAAAAAUAAAAAGAGUGAGGAGGAGACCCAAUAAUACGAUGAUGAUAAUGAGCCAUAAUGACAAUAAUAAUGUUCAUGCUGUAUAUCUUGGUUCGUUAGCCGGUACUGUGAUGCUUACCUGAGUGUUUUUACAUUUGCAUUGAACGUACAUUAUAUAUUAAUAUACUACAUGAUUAAAGCAAUUAUUACCUUUAACGUUAUAUUUAACGAGAACCGAAACAAAGGAGGAAGCGGACAUAUAUACGUACACGUAUUAAUAUAACGGCUAUAUAAAUACAACACACGAUUACGAACAGUAUGGAAUAUACGCAACAAGCACAGUAACAACAACAACAACAAACAUUAAACUUGUCCCUCAAAAUGUUAGCGUACAAAAGUUGACCCGAUUUGCGUCCGGCGCCAUUACGCCAAAGCACAAAAUCAGCGGUUUUGUGAAGACCAUAUCGUCGCAAAAUUGUCAGCUGUUUAUGUCGACACGGACGGCUGACAACGGUCUUAUGUACAAUGUGUGUGAGCUUUUUUUAUCAGUUGCCAUGAACACCUCUCUUGUACCUUGAGCCUUAAAUGUUAACAAAUGAAUAUAGAUGGCACACCGGCUAGUGUUUGAAUCUUAUUGCUAAUGAAAAGGUGAUCAGUGUCAUAAAGAAGCAGCAAAUAUAACAGUAUAAUAUACAGAUAUUAAUUUCUCUGGCGGAGGCUUGCAAUAACCAAUAACAGGAACAUGGCUCAUGCUAUGUGACAAACGAGUCACUUAUAAUAACUAGGAGAUGUGAGCAUUGCUUAACAAACGAGAUAUUUUAGUUCUUUUCAUUAUAUUAAAUAAGGCUUCAAACUCCACUCGGCUUGUUUAGCUCCUAGGUUUUAGCGGUUGGGUAUUAGGCAGGAGUUUCACCGACGCUAAGCGGCAAGGUUAUUGAGUACUGCCAAAGAAAAUCCGCCUCAGUAACCUUGACAAAGCGCUAGAACGCAGCGGACUAACUGCGUAGGCAGUGAUUGUGUUUUACGCUAACCGGCUCACAGUUUUAGCCUCUACAUAAAUUCCUUGGUUACAUUGAAUAAUGGAAGAAACAAUAACGCGCGACGCUUGCCAUCGCAUCUCAAAACAUCUGUCAGAGCUGGAGUGCAAUAGGCACUCGUUUUCUACAAGUACAACUCGUCUCAACUCUACCGUUUCAACUAUUACUUCUUAUAUCGCAUUGACCAUUGAGCUGCUUCGUUUAUUAGUGCCUCUACUAAUCCCUCACACCAUCACUGAAGAACUCGGUAGACAGCGCUAACAGUUAAACCGGCAGACAACUUCAGCGGGCUCUAGCGGCCGGAACGAACAAUAUUCACGGCUAACUUACGUAUAAUUGAUGCGUCUCAAGCAAGUCAUUGCGACCUCGAGCAGAAUACCGGCAAACGAUCACAAUUUGUGACAGCCAUUAGAUGAGCCAUUGAAGAUUUAGGACUAAAAGUGUGUCACUUUUGAUCGGCAAAAGUGUAUCGCAUACGGCGCCCAGUUACGUGACCAUCUCACCACGUUCGGGUAGUCAGCUUUCCCGGUGAUCUCAGUCCUUGGUCCCCAUGUAAAUAGUAAAUUAGAUCAUAGACUAAAAAAUAAUAAUAGUAUACCUAAUUAUGAUCAAGAAACGUUCGUUGUAUAUCGUGUGGAUGCUUUAGGGGAGGAGACGGAAGUAAUACUGGCCUAUUGACUGUGCACUCCGAGCGGUGAUCGAACAUUUCAAUAGGAAAACGAUAUAUUGAGGCUUUUUGUAUGUCUAUUGACUGAGCUUGGGCAAAGCGCCUGCAGACCAAUCCGCGCACACACAUAGCGUUGAAGAACGAUGGGUGCAUGGGCGAAGAACGCUGACGAGGUGUUGUGCAUAAUACAGAUAAUGUUUCGAAUAGUGAAAAUACGAUGAUGACUAACUAUAAGAGGAAUUAUCGACAAAGAAAGAGAUUACAAGAUAAAACGGAAGGGUUAACGCACAUGGCACUGGACGAAAGAAGAAGGCACAGACCGAAAAAAAAACAGGCCUGCAGGACACGAAGGACAGAAAAGAGCUACACUAAGCGAAAUCCUUUUAUAGUCGGAAAUGAAAUGCUAUUAUGGCAUAGCAUAGCGUUAGUAAACGCAUGUAGUUAUAGAAUACAUUCAAUGAGAACGUAUGUUGCCCUAAGUGUUUUGUCGCCUCCUGCUGGAGUAUUGCGUUGUGUCCUCUGUAUAUUUGCAUCAUACUUGUGCAUGACAUUUUGAGUAAGAGUUCCUGUGUUUCUAUGCUCCUUGUGGCCCCAUCUCGGCUUCCUCCUUCCCAAGUCAGUCUUCAAUCCCAUAUCACAGUCUUCCCGCUAUUGCAACAGGCUGUUCUGUUGACCUUCGAACAUUGCCGUUAUACCUGAUAUUUCCCAUUUGGGCGAAUAGGUCGUUACAGAGCAGAUCAGUUCUUUUUCUAAGGCCAUAGCCUAUCGCCUCCACCUUUCGUGUGUGAAAUAGAAGUGAAUUUCUACUUGCCACGUCACAUAUCUAUGCCUCCAGGUGAGCCUGGCCGAAGAGAUCAUCGACUUAAGUUGUCGUUGACACGUUUGUUACAGGAGUAUUUACACUAUGUUACUGUGGACUUUUGUACGUAUUUCUGAUCAACUGCUUAUGUUUGUGUUAGUUUUUUUCGCUAGUCCGAAUCAUCAUCUCAUCCAUAUGAAUUAGGCCUAGUAGGCAAUGAAGCUUGCCUCGUUUGUUUGAUAACAACAACAGCAAUCAGCAUUGCGCCAAUUGAUUAGAGUGUAAAGACAUCUCGUUGGUACCGCAGGCGUGGGGCGAUCUCAAAGCCACCGAAGGAAGCGGCCGUGUUUAUAUGGCUAUGUUGAUGAAACGAAGACUAUUUGAUCUAUACAAUCAAAAAAUAAUAACGCUAGCCUAUCCACAUAGAAACGACCCGAGCAAAUAUAGCAGUAUUCUCCGCGAUCACAAAAGAUUUCAUUUUAUAUGAUCAUUCUAUAAGCACCCUAUAUCGAACUAUAUGCAAGCUCAUCGGUCGAAGGUAGGCACCAUAUUCUAUCCGUGUCGUAGACGAUUCUGUUUCAGAGAAAAAAAAACUACGAAGAUCGCUUUACUGAAAGAAACUAAACAAUCAGGGGCAAAUUUGGUGAUGGUAUAUUUUCAUAAACGAUAGUAUGACGAACUAUCGACAUAGCUUAUUCGAACGGUGCGCUUAGGCUAGGCACUCACUCCUCCGCAAUGUCCAACAUCGCCGAAAAACUUCCGAUACUGCGAAGUUCUGCGAUCGCAUAGAAAACACGAUAUCGUACACAUCGCACGAUAACUGACGAAAUUACUGAGAAUCAGUAUCGACUGAGUGAAUCAUGCUCCUGCAGAGAGAUCUAUACACACACGUACAUACGAUAGACGAAGGAUAAUUUUGCCGAUAACGUCUGCCCCGUCCUGGACAGGACUUACGAUACACUGAAACAAUUCUCAUCGUGAAACCUUCGCGGCAAAUCUACCAGUGGAAAAACACUCAGUAUAUACAAUAGACUCUAAGCAAAGCGCGGGCCCAGCAAAGUUACAAAACAGCAGAGCAGCAGCAGCAAUAAGAUAACAGCGAAAAUUAUAAUAUCUAAGUCUAAGUUGUGCGGCGACCGAUGAUGACUGAUGAUAAUGCACUGAUGAUUGAUGACGAUAAUGAUGACACGACAGAGCGUUUGGGAGAGUGUUACUCGUAGUACGAUAGAUCCUUAGAUAACAACAAUAACAAUGACGAUGAUGACAAAAUAACAAUAGAUAAAUAAAACUAAUAAUAAAAAUAAUGCAUAAUAAGUUGGAAGUGGAAAAAUAGUGCGAGCUAGAAACAAAGGUGAUGAUGGUGACGAUAUGGAAGAUAUAUAAUUAAAUAAUUAGAUAGACGAGAGAAAAUAAUGAAGAUCAUCAUAUAAUGCUGACGAUGAGUAGAAGGUUGAACGGCAGGAGUUGAGAAUAAUCAUGGAAAAAAGAUGAGAACAGAAUGAAACCGAGGUGAACGAUAAAAGGGAUUGACAA